UUGAUUUGGACCUUGAUUGCGCACUGGGCAAACGCUUGAAAAUUGCAAGUUACCUGAGGACCAUAGCAGAACCACAAAGGCUUUCCUUUGUAUGGGGAGGAAGUAUCCCAUGUGCUGUGGAGAUGAGUGGAGAGCAGCAGCCUGAUGCAGAUACUGGAUCUGGUAUGGAAGAAGUGGAAUUAAGCUGGGAAGAUUAUCUAGAAGAGACAGGGUCCACAGCAGUUCCCUAUGGGUCUUUUAAACAUGUGGACACACGUUUACAAAAUGGAUUUGCUCCUGGGAUGAAACUGGAGGUGGCUGUGAAAAGAGAUCCUGAAACCUACUGGGUUGCCACCAUCAUCACCGCCUGUGAACAGUUGCUUCUCCUUCGUUAUGAUGGCUAUGGGGAAGACCGGAGAGCAGACUUCUGGUGUGACAUCAGGAAGGCUGGUCUCUACCCCAUUGGGUGGUGUGAGCAGAAUAAAAAGACCCUUGAAGCCCCAGAAGGCAUCAGAGACAAAGUAUCUGAUUGGGAUGCCUUUCUGCAGCAGACCUUGCUGGGAGCAUGCAGUCCUCCAGUUCCACUGCUAGAGGGCCUCCGUAAUGGAAGAAAUCCUUUAGAUCUCAUUGCUCCAGGAUCCAGGCUAGAAUGCCAAGCUUUUCAGGAUUCUUUAAGCACUUGGAUUGUUACUGUAGUAGAAAACAUCGGGGGACGGCUGAAGCUGCGUUAUGAAGGACUUGAGAGUCCUGACAAUUUGGAGCAAUGGUUGUAUUACUUGGAUCCUUUUCUUCAUCACAUUGGUUGGGCUGCUCAACAGGGAUAUGAGCUUCAGCCCCCAUCAGCCAUCAGACAUCUGAAAAAUGAAGCUGAGUGGCAAGAGAUUUUGACCAAAGUGAAAGAGGAGGAGAAAGAACCAUUACCAUCUUACUUAUUUAAGGACAAAAAAGUUAUUGGUAUUCAUACAUUCUCUGUAAAUAUGAAAUUGGAAGCUGUGGACCCCUGGUCUCCUUUUGGGAUCUCUCCUGCUACAGUUAUUAAGGUUUUUGAUGAGAAGUACUUUCUGGUGGAAAUGGAUGAUUUACGGCCAGAGCAUCAUGAACGGCGAUCAUUUGUGUGCCACGCCAAUAGUCCUGGCAUCUUCCCUGUGCAGUGGAGUCUGAAGAAUGGUCUACACAUCAUUCCACCUCCAGGAUAUCCUAGCCAGGACUUCGACUGGGCCGACUACCUCAAACAGUGUGGUGCUGAAGCUGCUCCACAGAGGUGCUUCCCUCUGUCAAUUUCUGAGCAUGACUUUAAGGAGAAUAUGAAGCUUGAAGCAGUCAAUCCUCUUCUUCCUGAAGAAGUGUGCAUUGCCACCAUUACUGCAGUAAGAGGCUCCUAUCUAUGGCUCCAGUUGGAGGGUUCUAAAAAGCCUAUACCUGAAUGUAUUGUGAGUGUGGAAUCCAUGGAUAUAUUUCCUCUGGGCUGGUGUGAAACCAAUGGCCAUCCUCUAAGUACUCCUCGACGGGCACGAGUUCAUAAACAAAGGAAAAUUGCAGUGGUUCAACCAGAAAAACAAGUCCUGUCCUCAAGGACUGUCCAUGAGGGCCUGAAGAGUCAGGAACUGAACUCCACAGACUCAGUUAUGAUCAAUGGAAAAUAUUGCUGUCCAAAGAUAUACUUCAAUCAUCGUUGCUUCUCAGGGCCAUAUCUUAACAAAGGAAGAAUUGCUGAGCUGCCUCAAUGUGUAGGACCUGGAAACUGUGUUCUGGUUCUUAGAGAGGUCCUCACGUUACUUAUCAAUGCAGCCUAUAAGCCCAGUCGUGUUCUCCGGGAGCUUCAGCUGGAUAAAGAUUCUGUAUGGCAUGGAUGUGGGGAAGUCUUAAAAGCCAAAUAUAAAGGGAAGAGUUAUCGAGCUACUGUUGAGAUAGUAAAAACAGCAGACCGGGUGACUGAAUUCUGCCGGCAAACCUGUAUCAAACUGGAAUGCUGUCCUAACCUCUUUGGUCCACGUAUGGUUCUGGAUACAUGUUCUGAGAACUGCUCUGUACUUACAAAGACCAAAUACACACACUAUUAUGGAAGGAAGAAAAAUAAAAGAAUUGGGAGGCCACCUGGUGGGCAUAGUAACUUAGCUUGUGCCCUGAAAAAAGCCAGUAAGAGGAGAAAGAGGCGGAAAAAUGUUUUUGUUCAUAAGAAGAAACGCUCCUCUGCAUCUGUUGAUAAUACCCCAGUGGGUUCACCCCAGGGAAGUGGGGGUGAAGAUGAGGAUGAUGCCGAUGAGGGGGAUGAAGAUUCUUUAAGUGAGGGAAGUACAUCUGAGCAGCAGGAUGAACUACAGGAAGAGUCAGAAAUGUCAGAAAAAAAGUCAUGUUCCUCUUCUCCCACCCAAAGUGAGAUGUCCUCUUCACUGCCCUCAGACAGACAAAUAAGAAAAAGAGAGCUUCCCACGUUUUCAUUUUCAGAUGAUGAAAAUAGACCUCCUUCACCAAAGGAAAUAAGGAUUGAAGUUGCUGAAAAACUUCACCUGGACAGUAACCCCUUGAAGUGGAGUGUGGCAGAUGUUGUGCGGUUCAUCAGAUCCACUGACUGUGCUCCAUUAGCAAGAAUAUUCCUAGACCAGGAAAUCGAUGGGCAGGCCUUGUUGCUCCUCACUCUUCCUACUGUCCAAGAAUGCAUGGACUUAAAAUUGGGUCCUGCCAUCAAGCUUUGCCAUCACAUAGAGAGGAUCAAGUUUGCAUUUUAUGAACAGUUUGCCAACUGAGAGGAACAACCAAAACAAGUUGGAUAUUUGAAGCACAAAUGCAGCCAACCUUCACCCUGCUCUAGAAGUGAAACUGAAAUACUCCUGAGGCUCUGAGCCCUGCAGCUGUCCGCUUGCUCUCUUUGCACUUUCAGGGAAGGAAGACCCACACUGAGAAAGCAAAAAUGGCACAAAAGUGACUCUCCUGCCAGUGAAAAUGUGGACAAUGCAUGUUCAGCAGGUUGCAGCUUUAAAAAAAAAACAAAAACAAAAAAAAACAAACCAAGGUUGUAAGAAAACUCAUAAUAAGAAUAACUAUUUCCAGUGGCGUGGCCUGAAAACAAAAGAUGAUGUUGGCACUGGACAACACCAUUUUGGUUGUUUUCAUUCUGUUCCUCCCAACUAUAGAUUGAACUUUGUUCUCUACUUUCUCUUUCUUGAAAAGAGAGGACAUAGCUUUAAGUCAGCACUGAUUUGGGACUGUGCCUAAGGCACCUCAGUGCUUCACCAUCAUUGUGUUUUUAAGCUUUUUAAAAUUAAAACGGUUAAUUUUGGGGAU